UUACAAAUGAUGGGAUACGACAUAUCCUGGGCAGCGUUCAACAUCAUUGAAGUAAUGGCUUCACCGAAAUUCACUGAAAAACGAAUCGGGACGCUUCUUUUACAAAUGAUGGGAUACGACAUAUCCUGGGCAGCAUUCAAUAUCAUUGAAGUAAUGGCUUCACCGAAAUUCACUGAAAAACGAAUCGGCUACAUGGCAGCAUCGCAGUGCUUCUACGAUGGCACCGAUGUUCUGAUGCUUGCAACAAAUCUGAUCCGAAAAGAUCUGCACAGCACUGUGAUCUAUGAGACGGGUAUCGCUCUGGGGGCAUUCUCCUGCUUCGUAACGCUCGAUUUGGCACGAGAUCUCGCCAGUGAUGUUGUUAAUCUCGUACGUCUUUCUUUGAUUGGGUCCAAAAACUGGAUAUGCAUACAAACGGUUAACGGAAAUAUUGUAACUUUUCGGGACGUCGUUUUGUUUUUAGGUGUACAGAGUGCUGCAGUUAAUGUAAUAUGUGAAUUGGCACGAAAGAACCCGAAAAAUUACCUAACUUUGGCGCCGGUUUUCUUUAGACUUAUGACGACCUCCUCGAAUAAUUGGAUGCUAAUCAAAAUCAUAAAAUUGUUUGGUGCUCUGGUACCGUUGGAGCCGCGUCUUGGCAAAAAAUUGCUGGAACCUCUCACCAAUCUAAUUAACAGGUUUGUUUGCUUCUGA